UGUUACGGCCGGAUUCUCAGUUCUCAUAUCUUCAUAUUAGAGUGCUGUUGUAAAAGCUCCCUGAGCAAAUUGACAAACUUUUGAGAAGUUUUUCUGACUAUUGAUCAGACAUGCCUACCGACGGAAACGAGGCACCACUUAUCAGAGCUCAAAGUGAGCAAACUUCAGUCAGCAUGGGAACUCAGGGAAGAUCUAAUAAGGCCUUUAAGGUGGCGGGAGUGACUCUGCUGGUUGGUAUACUGAUCGCAGGCCAGGCCUUCACCGCCUAUAUGGCAUACAGCCAGAAGCAGCAGCUCAGCACCCUGGAAAGACGCAGUGACCGCUUGCAGGAGAUCAGCCGCAAGUCUGUAAUGCGUGCCCCCAUGCAAAUGCAUCUCCCCAUGAACUCCCUCGCUCUGAAAUUUGAGGAUGAGCCUAAGGAGAAGGAGGAUUCCGCUUCUUCAAAUCCCAAACCGGAGCUCACCCAGUGCCAGAAGGAGGCUGCUGGAGAGGUCAAAAGUCUCCUGCCGUCUUUCCGCCCCGCGUGUGACAAGAACGGAGACUAUCUGGCUCAGCAGUGCUGGGAUAAGUCUGACCUGUGCUGGUGUGUGGACAAGAACGGCGCUGAGAUACCUGAUUCCCUGACCAGUGGCCCUGCAAACUGUCAGGGCUUCAAUUCCGCCGAUGCAGUGAUGGAAGUGCCUAUUUUGGGAAACGAUGGCCAUUGAAGAGGAACGGUGAAGAGCAGUUCAAAUAUAAAUACCAUUUUCUGGAAUCUUUAACUUUAACAGUUCUACUUUAACACUUAUGGCUUGGUUUCGAGCUUUAUUCAGCCGAUUUAAGAUAUUUUGCUUUCACAGCAAUGGAAAUCUAAAAUAAAGGUAAUUGUUUUGUAUCGUACUGGUAAUUAUUAGACUAUAGCAGGAAUAGCAGUGUUGACCUUUUUUUCGAAAAACUUGUACUAUUGCUUACUAUUACUUUUUUUGUAAACUAACCUUUUUGUUGUGUGUAAAAUGGAUCAAGAGAGAUAAGUAAUAUAUAGAAGGAGCACUGAAAUUGGAUGAUGGACUGCUAAUAAAGAUGGACAAUAAAAUGAAUUACCAACUA